AUGCCUCAACUACUCCAUCUCGCGAAAAAGCUAUCAUCAAGCUACCCAUGGACAUCAAGCCCCUUGAUUAUCAGCGCCCCGAUGCGCGUAAUGUCCGGCCCCGCCCUCGCAGUCGCAGUCUCCCGCGCCGGAGGCCUCGGGUUCAUCGGACCGGGUCUGAAAACGCAGAAUGUCAUCAAGGAUCUUGAGGAAGCAUCGAAUCUAAUCCGAACUUCGCCCACACUCAACACUGACAGAUCAUCCUCGCAUUCUCAAACUUUCCCCGUUGGCAUCGGCUUCCAGCUCUGGGCCGACGAUAUCAACAUCGCGUCAUCCGCCAUUAGACGAUUCAAACCCUGCGCAGCAUGGCUCUUUGCGCCACGAAACGGCCAAACAGAUCUCGAUACAUGGUCUCGCCGAUUCCGAGAGGCAUCGCCACAGACCAGGAUCUGGGUGCAGAUCGGGACGGUUGCUGAGGCGCGGAGUAUCGCGGAGAGCAGUGAAAAGCCGGAUGUUAUAGUCGUACAGGGCGCAGAGGCGGGUGGACAUGGUCGGGCACAUGAUGGGAUGGGACUCAUCUCACUCCUUCCGGAGAUUGCAGAUGUACUCGCUGCGAGGGGCGUGGACAUUCCACUCGUGGCCGCAGGCGGGAUUGCAGAUGGGCGCGGUGCAGCUGCAGCGAUCGCGCUCGGUGCUUCGGGGGUUGCGAUGGGCACGCGGUUCCUGGCGACACACGAAGCGCGCAUCGCACACGGGUACCAGGCCGAAAUUAUCCGUGCUUCAGAGGGCGGGGCAUCGACCACGCGAACGCAGCUGUAUAACCAUCUCCGGGGGACGUUUGGCUGGCCGGAGGAGUAUAGUCCGCGGACAAUCAUCAAUCGGUCGUUUGUGGAGUUUCAGGCUGGACGGAGCUUUGAGGAGUUGAAAGAGGCGCAUGAUGAGGCUGUUAAGAGAGGCGAUGAGGCCUGGGGGCCGGAGGGGCGGACGGCGACGUAUGCGGGGGCGGCGAUUGGAUUGGUGAGGCGAGUCCAGGGGGCGGAGGAGGUUGUGCGUGAGACUAGAGGGUUUGUUGCGGGCGUGUUUGGGGAGGCGGGAGCGGCGAAGUUGUAG